GGGGAACCGCGUCGUCAUUUCGGAGUCUAGCCUAACCUUGUCCUUAAUAAAUCUCCAUCCUUCAUCAACCAUUUACCCACCUAAUCUCGGAUGGCCUUUUAGUCAUGGCCUUCCUUAUCGGCAACGUCCAACCGUCAAUCCAAAGACUCGCUGUCCCUGCCGUCUGCCUCCUCAUCGCCUUCGAAUCUUACACACCGCAAUGGCUGUUCGCAAACGCCCCAGACUUAGCCCCGGGUCCGCUCACCCCCACCGAGAAAUAUGUCUUCAACGGUCUAGUAUUAUGUCUAUGGUACACGUACUAUAGAGCCUGCACCGUUAACCCCGGCCGAUACGUCUUCCCUCCGAGCAUAAAGAAGAAGCAUAAGGAAAAGGCCAUCGGUUCGGAUGCGGAAGAAACAGCUGAGGAAAUAGGGAGAGGGAUAGGAGCAGGAGCAGGAAGAACACAGAUCCGCCGCUGGUGUAAAAAAUGUAGCGCCCCCAAACCCCCGCGCUCGCAUCAUUGCCGCACAUGUCGGCGCUGCGUCCCCAGGAUGGACCAUCACUGUCCGUGGACCAGCAACUGCGUUUCCCUCCAAACCUUCCCGCACUUCCUACGCUUCCUCGUUUUUACCAACCUUUCCCUAUGGACCCUCUUGUACUUCCUCUCCCAGCGCUUCCUUGGGCUAUACGAAUCCCGCCACCUGCCCUCGUACUUAGGCCCGACAUUGGCACAACUAUCAUGGUUGACGAUCCUCACAUUCGCGUCAGGGAUGACGAGCCUGGCGCUGGGGAUAUUGUUGAUCACGACGCUGAAGGGUUGGGUAUUUAAUACUACUAUGAUAGAGAGCUGGGAAAUCGAGCGCCACGAAGCGACACUCGAGCGCAAAUACGCGAGUUCCGGCGGCGAGGGCUCAUGGUGGGCGGCUGGUGAGCGGGCUCCCGGCGGCGACUACGACGCCCCGCACUUAACCGCCGAUCCCAUCGAGUUCCCCUACGACAUCGGCAUUUUCGCGAAUAUGGCCACGGCUAUGGGCACUCGUAACCCGCUCCUAUGGUUCUUUCCAUUCGCCGGCGGCCCGACUGUCUCGCCUUACCCAUACUCCGAGACCACAGACCCCCAACCGAGCAGUGGUAGUAAUAGUAAUAACGCACGUACGGGCUGGGAAUACGAAGAAAACGGACUAAACGACCGCGAAGGCCUCUGGCCCCCAGCCGACCCGGACAAGAUCCGCAACGCGAAAGUCUGGCGCGAACGCAAGCGUGAGGCGGACCGCGCCCUGGAGGAAGACCGGAUAUACGGCGCGAGGGACCCCGAAGUCGAUAGGGAAGCGUUCCGCCGUCGCCAAGAGCGGGAUUUGCGGAGGUGGGAGACUUCGCGGUCGCGGAUCUUGGGUGAGUUGGAGGAGUUACCGGUGGAUGGCUACGACGAGUAUGAUUUCGUGGACGAGGCGUAUGACCGUGACCAUGUGCAACGCCCCGGACCCGGUGCUGCGGUCGUGGUGGAUGAGGGGAAGUCUGGUUGGGUUAAUGCGGAUGGUGAGCAUUUGGGUGAUUACGGGGUAGAUUCUGACGCGGAGCUUGAUGAGCCUGUUAUAGAGCGUGAUCCGCAAACACAGGGUGUAGGGAGGUACACCGACGAGGAGGAGGAUAUUCCCCUUGCCGAGCUAAUACGUAGAUCUAAAGUAGUGCGUAGGAGGUGAUACGACUUAAAUAUCUCACACGACAAAACAAAUAUGCAUAAUCUA